AUGGGACUUGAUUUGCUGACAGUGUUGAGAGCCAACAUAGACGUAGCCGCCUGGGAAAUAACCCUGGACGGCCAGAAAAUUAGACUGGCAAAUCACCCGUUAGGUGGGAGAAAGGAGAACCGACAGCAACUGUCGAUACCUGUGGACAGGUUGCCAGUGUAUGAUAUGGUGACCUGCUGCAACGACCAUGACAUAUGCUACGACACAUGCGGGGAAAAGAAAGAACUGUGCGAUUUUGAGUUUAAGAAAUGCUUGUACACAGCAUGUAGAAGAAAUGAUAUUGUGUCUGGUCUGACAGGAGGGAAAGCAUUAACAUUGCAUCUGCUUUCAGGAUGUAAGGUAGUAGCCAAGCUUUCAUUCACUGCUACAAUGACAUUAGGUUGCAAGUCAUACCUAGACAGUCAGGAGGAGGCAUGCACCUGCAUUCCAAGGAAGAAGAAGUACACGAGAGGUGGCAAGUCUGGCGAGCUGUAGAAAGUUGUGCCAUACUGUCAUGUCAGCAAUACCGGCAGCUACAUUGAUUAAAUACACAACAGGAUGCAAGAAACAAUUAAAAAUGUGAUGUGUUCAUGGUUUGCCAAUGGAAGUAUUAAUACUCAUAACUGUGGCCUGUUAAAGUACUUUAUUGAUUUCUGUGUCCACCUAUUCAUUAUUUUAAUCCUUUUUUAGAUGAUGUAACACUCAUUCUUUGCCAGUUAAAAUUAUAUUGUUAUAAACUCCUGUGGGUAGCCCAAUGUGGACUUUGAGUCACGAUCCGUACGCAAAUUCUAAAAGAGAAGGCAUCCAAGCAGUCUUUUUAGCGAUCUCAAACCUCGCGGCCAGAAGUUGAAUGUAGUGUGUUGGUGUCGUCCACUAUGGACAAGAGUUGAAUAAAGUGUCUGGUGCAACAAAGUGCGUGUGUGUUGUAACAGGAGUUCCCACUUCCCUUUCUGAGCGACGCCCUGCCAAACGGCCUGAGGACCGAAUCUCAGCUCUACCGGCAGAACUAGC